CAUCACCACUGCAUGAAACACCACCAUUGAUGAUCACCAUCUUCUGAUGUCUCUGGUUGUACAUCAGUUGUGGCAGGACAGCCCGAGUCGGUGCGGCUGAUGCGCGAGUCCUUCUCGUGGAUGCGGCAGCGGGCGACCGGGGUCCCUGACGACUAUCUGGAAGCGCUGACCACGGCCGUUGUCAUCAACGACCUCGGAAAGAACCCGUCUCUCACCGUCUACUACCAUUUGCGCAGGGGGGAGGGUGUCUCCGCGCUCAACCACGACGCCAUUCUCCUCAAGGCAUGCCGGCAGCAGGGCGCAGUGACUGAGAACGCACCUGCCCGCCUCAACGUCCUGCGGCGCUUUAGCGAGAGCGACUAUGACCGCCGCGCCGUGGCGCUUCACUUCCUUGAGCAGCAGCUCGACGUUUCUGGCGCCGCGGGCCACAUGGACUAG